AACAGCUUGUCACUGUGUGUGUUUGCGAUAAACUCAAAAGAGAGAGACGUGUAGCUUAACGACUACCAUAUACACAAUUCAAUAUUUGACAUCACCGAGAGAUAGAGAGAUGGCGACGGAAACGGAAGUGGUGGUUCCGGUAAGCAACGGUGGAAGCAAAGGAUGUUGCAAGUACGGUGGUCCUGGUUACGCGACACCUCUCGCCGCUAUGUCUGGUCCGAGUGAGAAACUUAUCUACGUCACCGCUGUUUACACCGGAACUGGAAUAGAUAAACCGGACUAUUUGGCGACGGUGGAUGUGGAUACGAGCUCGCCUUCGUAUUCAAGUGUUAUUCAUAGAUUGCCAAUGCCUUUUGUUGGUGAUGAGCUUCAUCAUUCUGGUUGGAACUCUUGUAGUUCUUGCCAUGGUGAUGCUUCUGCUGAUAGACGUUAUCUUGUGUUACCGUCUCUUAUAUCUGGUCGUAUUUAUGCGAUUGAUACUAAGGAAAACCCGAGGGCUCCGUCUUUGUAUAAGUAUGUAGAUCCUAAAGAGAUUGCUGAUAAGACUGGAUUAGCGUUUCCACAUACGGCUCAUUGUCUUGCUACGGGUGAGAUCUUGGUGUCGUGUCUUGGGGACGAAGAGGGGAACGCCAAGGGAAUGGGUUUCUUCUUCUUGACUCUGAUUUUAACAUCAAGAAUAGGUGGGAGAAACCAGGACACAGUCCCUUGUUUGGGUUUCAAUCUCCAACACGUUGCGGAUGGCUUAUACGGAAGUCAUCUACAUGUUUAUAGUUGGCCAGGAGGUGAAAUGAAACAAUUAAUUGACCUUGGACCGACUGGUCUCUUACCUUUGGAGAUUAGAUUCUUGCACGAUCCGGCUAAAGAUACAGGGUUUGUUGGGAGUGCCUUGUCAAGUAAUAUGAUAAGAUUUUUCAAGAACAGUGAUGAAACAUGGAACCAUGAGGUGGUUAUAUCAGUUAAACCGCUGAAAGUAGAAAACUGGAUUCUUCCAGAAAUGCCGGGGCUUAUCACCGACUUCUUGAUCUCCCUCGAUGACCGAUUCAUCUACUUUGUGAACUGGCUCCAUGGAGACGUUCGUCAGUACAACAUUGAGGACCCUAAAAACCCUGUCUUAACAGGACAAAUUUGGGUCGGAGGAUUACUACAAAAGGGCAGUUCUGUUAAGGCGGUUGGAGAAGACGGCAACACUUUCCAAUUUGAUGUUCCUCAGAUCAAGGGUAACUCUCUACGAGGAGGACCUCAAAUGAUCCAGCUGAGCCUCGAUGGGAAACGAUUGUAUGCAACUAACUCGCUGUUUAGCUCAUGGGAUCGUCAGUUUUACCCGGAAAUCAUGGAGAAAGGCUCACACAUAAUUCAGAUUGAUGUUGAUACAGAGAAAGGUGGUCUCACCAUAAACCCUGACUUCUUUGUUGACUUUGGUGAUGAACCGGACGGUCCUGCACUAGCCCACGAGAUGAGAUAUCCCGGUGGAGACUGCACUUCCGAUAUCUGGAUUUGAAUUUGGCCUGUUUAAAGAGUGAUUUAUGUGUAAGUUUAGAUUGAAUUUUAUUUAGUUGUUGUUUGUUUAGUAAAGUUGAAUAAAAAGGGAGUAAGAAGAGGUCAAGACAAUUAACUUGUUAGAGACUCCCUGUGUCUUUAUGUAAUACAACUUUCUACAUUUC